AUGGCACCCCCAAUUGUUGACCAGAUAUUCCAUCAGUUACCAUCCCAUUUACGGAACACGAGGCAUAUACGAGAACGGCAUUCACAGCACAUUAUAUUAUUCCAGCAAUAUCACCAGCAGUUUCCCGAACGGAUCCGCCAUCACCGUGAAUUGGUGAUCCCCCAUAAGCCCAUUGCGCCCAUUCCCGGAUUGAUCCCACCGCGGGAUCCCACAUAUCAGUGUAGUUAUCCCGGUUGCCAUUGGAUUGGAGAGACCAUUCGACGGAUCCACGACCAUUGCCGCCAGGAACAUGGAUGGAAAAACCCCCAGAACCGAGGACGACCCCGUUCCAAGGCACCGUCCAAACCCCAGCCCAACAUGCCAUGGAACAUUGUAGCCAGCCAACGGUUUAUCCCCAAAGGACGUGGAUCCCAACGGUUUGCCGUCCAACAUGACCAUACCACCAUCACCACCGCCAUAUCCGAUCCAGAAAACCCAUCAUGGGAUGCGGCGCAGCAGGCGAUGAAGCAGGAGAUCAUCCAUCGAGAGCAGCAGAUCGACGCCGCGGAACGAGAACGGAUCCGUCCCCACGAGUCCCGCGAGGUCAACCCAUGGGUCGAACGGAUGGGAUGGGCCGAUCAUUUGUUAGAGGAGGAUCGAGGCACAUUACGGGCAUUGUUACAACGACCCGAUCCCGAACAAGAGCCCAUAUUGGCCGAGAUUGACGAGCGAUUUCACCGGAUCGUCAUGGUCGCGCAGCGCACCACAUUGACGCGGUUGAACAUAUUCAGUCGAUUUGAGAUGCACCGGAAACAGGUGGAUCAGAUGCCCCAACACCCGUUCCAAGCGCGGAUGGUGGCCGGCACCAUUGAACAGUACAUCGAGGUGUGGCAACGGAUCAUCCGGUAUAUCAUGCGCAGUGUGAGUACCGGCGACGUCCGAUUUCAGUUCCAUGCCACCCAAUGCGAGACCAUCCACCAGAUCCGGCAGGCCAUGUCCGAGGACGAGAGCACCCAUUCCCCGUCCAUGCCACCGAGGAGAUGGAUCCCACCGACCAGCCAUUGGAUGCCGUCGAUCGUGCCAUAUUGA